AUGGAAACGAUGAACAUGAACACUCCAGUGCUCCCACCAGGUUUCAGAUUUCAUCCCACAGACCAGGAGCUUAUUAUCCUUUAUCUUAAGAAUAAGCUCUCAUCUUCUCCAAAUCCUGUAGUUUCUAUCAUAGCAGAUGUUGAUAUCUACAAAUUCAAUCCAUGGGAACUUCCUGGCAAGGCCUGGUUCGGGGAGAGUGAGUGGUUUUUCUUCAGCCCAAGAGACCGAAAGUAUCGAAAUGGAGCACGUCCGAACAGAGCGGCUGCUUCCGGUUACUGGAAAGCCUCCGGAACUGAUAAGCCAAUCAUAUCGUCUAGUGGGGCAAAGUGUCUUGGAGUAAAAAAGGCUCUUGCAUUUUACCAAGGCCGGCCACCAAAAGGCGAAAAAACCAAUUGGACGAUGCUUGAGUACAGGCUAAUUGAUGAUACCUUUCAGUUACCAAGGCUAAGGGGAUCAAUGCGAUUGGAUGAUUGGGUUCUAUGCCGAGUUCGCCAGAAAAGGAAGACUCCUCAACAUAUAACAGAGGAUUACAAUAUUGUUAAUCGCAACAUCUCUCCUUUCACUUCUGGGUGCUUACAAGGUCAAGAUCAGAUCAUGAAUAAGGAAGAUCCUAUGGAGGACUCUCUUUAUUAUCAGUUACAAGCUUAUGAUCUUCUUCUGCCUCCCCUAGAAAUUGAAAGAGCAGGCAAAGUAACUUUCCAAACAGAGUCCCCAGAAUACUCAGCAUACCUUUCAGACUUCGAUUCCAACCCCAUUCCCAGUAUGGUUUCUUCCGACAAAGAGGUACUUGAAUCAAUUAAAAGAGUACUCUCUAUCGGAGCUCUGGAUGAAUUAGUGUCAUCAUUAACACCAAAUUCAUCUUCUACUACUGACGAGAACAAGGACACCAGUUUUCAAGUGUCUUCUCCAAUUACUUCAGCAUCAGAUCCACUAUGCUUCACAGAGUUCAUAAUCUAAGCCGACUCCUCCAUGUAAUAAUGCAUC